AUGCCAGAAGGGUCUAGUGAUAGUGUAACGCCUCCCGUAUUCCAACUUCAUCCUCCGGAAUGGCUUCCGAAAACUCACAGCUCAGCCGAUCUUGGCUACCCCAACUUUUAUCCUCCGCGUCCUGGUCAAGAGGAGGACAUAUUGUCAGAGUCAAAUGUGAAGAAUGGCUUUGUUCUACCCCAAAUAGUUUUGGCCGAAACUUUUAGUUCCCAGUCAUCUAUCAGCGAAAACCUUCACUCAAUAAGCACCAUCAACAAGCUGGAAGAUUUACUGAAUGAGGUGUUUGCAAGGCGUGCAAAGCAGAUUCCAUCCGUGCCAUCAUCCACCUUCCGUAUGCCAUCUCGAGUGACCCUCAACGACACCAAACGACAAGCCUGGUUCGAUGAUUUAGCUAACCCGGAAGUCCCGCUUGCCAAGUUGGGCAGAAAUGUUCCGCACGGUGCCAAAGGCGCUGAUAUUAUAGAGUUGCUGUAUUCCAAGAACGUUGCUAUCCAUCGUGCAGUGUGGUUCUUACGCGUCUUUGGCGCAAACGAAACCGCUGGUCUUCGUAACAAACCUUCUUAUAACCCUAAUCAGUAUAGUGUGGAGUGGACCAACGUCGUGACUGCAUAUCUGCGAAAACAAUUGAUAGAUAUUGCCCUUCCCAUUGCCCCUCGUCCCGGGGUAAAUAUCAAGCAGACUUUCAAAGGAGUGUUGUCCGAUCCCGAAACGCGGCUGAAAUGGAUUUCACGUUUCUCGUAUUGCUUGGAACUACUUCGGGUUUUUUAUUCUGAAGGUCUUGUCGACAAGCGAACCUUCUUCUCUUGGCUUGUGAAUCAGAUGUGCAGCUGUAAUUUGGCUCAAGUGGGGUUCGUAUGUAGAUUCGUUGAUGAGUACUUUGAGGGGAUGAUAGAAUGCCGGCCGCUUGCUCGUCCGUUUGUAGAAGCUUCUCUUUGCAAGUUAUCCGAGAUUAGCACUAGUGCAGCGAAGGAUUAUUUGGUUGAUACUGAUUAUUUAAUCAAAUUUUUACUACAGCGCGUAUGUUUGGUACUUCCUGACGCGUUUGUCAGUCCAAGGAUGUGGAUCAAUUAUUCGAAUAGUAUCUGCGAAGUUUUGACACAUAACCCCAACAAUAAUCACCCAGACGGCUCCAUAGAACAAUUAACUGGCACCAGUAUAUUCAACAUCAUCCACCACAAUUACCUAGUUGUGAAACGGAGAAUCGAGGCCAUGUUAUUUCGCAAUCUCCCCUCUCUCACCACCUCUCCUCAUCUUGGCUCCGCGGUUCACGACGUUGAACUGCUAAAUUCUAUCUCUGCUGACACCGAUGUUGCCAACUUGCCUUUUUUCCCCUCAUCCUCCGAAAAUCUGGCAGGCAUUUCCGAAAAACUCGACGCAUUGCUUACAUGGAGUGUGACACCAUUACAGUAUGGUGACCACCGAGCUUUUGCUGCGGUUACGCUGAUUCAGAAAUGGAGAACAAAAGCGGGUGAUCGUGCUAAUCGUAGGGAUGCUUCUCCUCCGGACGGUUUCCUUCAGGACCAGCUCUUUGAGUGGUUGGACUCAUCUGAUGUUGCGGGAGAACCCGAAAACAUUGCCGCAGUCGCAUUGUUGUACGGAAAGCUGGUCAAGCACGAACUGUUCUCGUAUGCUAGUUAUAUACAGCGGCUAAUUGCUAGAGGGGAGCCUGGAUUAUCUUUCACGGAGGACUUUGGUUCCAGACAUAGGAAUUACCUUCGCUGGAUACCCCUCUACAACACGACACCUUCGUUAACGAGUCAGCGUAAGGUGGUCUUAUACGGGGUUCGAGCACGAGAAACGCCCGAAGAUCUCAAUGAAAGAGAAAUCCGGAAGGAAAUUCGAGCAGUCCUUCCUGAGCUUUUUGGAAAUCCUGCCGAAAUUGCGCUACCGUCGCCAACAUCAUUGUUAAGUAGUUGUCAGCUUUUGCUUAACAGCCCCAGAUACGAGCAAGUUCGAACGUUUGGAACAUGGCUCAUGCCUGUUCUCCAGAAGGCUAUUGUGCAGCAGGAAUUUGAUGUCUCUCACUCGGGUAUCUUGAAAUCAUUCGACGUCGCGGUAGAGCUCAUGACGCAGACCGAUUGUUUUGAUGCAAUGCUUGAUCUCACUAUAUUCAUGCUGGAGCACUGUUCUACCGAAGAGCUUUUACUUGCCGUCAUUGACACUUUUCGCCGUCAUGCAGUAAUUUGGGCGUCCAUGGACGUAAAAGGGAUGAUUAUUAAUGCACUGGAUUCUGUGCAUUACUCUUGGAAAAUGCGAGGUAUCCAGUCGAAACCUCUCUUGGCACUUUUGGUUGAAUUUGACGGCGGAAGAUAUCUCAGCGAUGUAUCCCGGGAGGAAGUAAGGACAGAUUUAGCUGCGUUCACUCUGGCUCUUCAACCGAUAGCUCACCAUCCUGAUUCAGUACCUGAUGUCCUCCCCGAAAUUCUUCUCCUGGUGGGCAAUCCUGCACCAGACGCGCCGUCACUCCUUGCCAACGGUCUUUGGAUCAAAUACCGAAUGUCACUGAAUUGGGCAUGGAAAGUUUGGGAUAACACUAUUGCGAGCUUGCGUCAAAUCCCCACUGUGACUCUUGAUAUUAAGGAACGCCGAUCGUGCGCUUUGCGAUACGGUAUUUUCUUGCAUCAUGUCAACCGUCAUCUUGCGACUGGUCUCGAUGACCACGUCCUCGGAUGGUUUCUAGGAAGGGGUAAGGAUGAAGUUGCUGUCCUGAGCCAAGAUGUCUGGGACAUUGUGAAGGUCGUUCUUUUGUACCUUGUCGUUCAAGGUGCGCUACGGACUACCACAAUUCUGGAAGGAUUAGUGUGGCCCGCAUGGUUGCUUGCUGCUUCUCUCUCAGAUGAUCGAGGGCCUGCUUCCGACGUCCAUCUCGGCGCCGCUAACGAUCUUUGUCGACGACUGCUCUUGACGGAAGAUUGUAGUUCAGACAUGAUUCCGCCAACAAAUCUUCUUGAAGUUCAUUGCAUCCGUACAAGACGCCAGGAUGUUUAUCGUGAACCAUACUUUCCCUCAAUGAUAGCCAAGAUACCUAUCCUUGUAUCGCUGGAGAAUAGCAAUAGGGUUUCUGAACAACUCCGCCAAGAUGCUCAGGAAAUCCGUCAGCUAUUAUGCGAAGAUAAACUUUUCCGGCAAGGGGUGUUUCGUAACCUGGAUGUAGUCAGGGUAGCCUUUGAGCAAUCUAUGCAGAUAGCUGAAGGAAAUGGAGAGAACAUCUUCAAGCCUACCAUUGCAGCACUGAGUAUGAUUCUUGGAGAAAAUACAGAAGAGCUCGAAUUAUCUCACUGGCCCGAUUCUGCGUCUCUGCUUAGUCCUUGGAAGAUUUCAGCCACUGCCAUUCAGCUUCAGUUCGUGCUUAGACAGAUGGGAAGAGACAGCGCCGUCGGCACGAGAGGAUCCAGUGAUUCCGCUGCCCUUGAUAAACUCACGACCAUGAUCUUUCAUCACACCUUAUCCUGCGAAGAAGCUAGUUUCGUCGCACAAAUGACAAAGGGAGUAGGCAGCGAGAUCGCAGGCAAGUUCAUCAACAACGGCCUCAAACAUGUAGCGGAGAUCAUCCAAAAUAUUGAAUUCUCUCAAGACUCUCUGCAAACAAGUCUAGGUCGAGCAGGAGAGCUUCUCCGUGUCUUGACUUAUGUCGCGGAACCACUACGGGAUAAUCCUUCUGAACUUCCGAUGUUAGAUGCUACGAUCCAAACAGAGUUCUUCGAAGCUAUAUCAGCAAAGUUUGCGGCUCUCGUGAACUUGCUUCAACCCCCUGACGUCGACUCGGUUGACGGCGAACCCCUCAUGAAUGCCUGUAUACUUCUGGCAAGGUUUUUGCAAUUCGAUCUCGCAUUUCGGGGCGUCUGGACUGAAGCAGUCAAGGAUGCAAGUAAAUCAUUAUCUUCCAACCUUUUCAUUCUUCUCCAAAUCUACGCUUCUGGAAAUAACUGUGAACUCAUUGCCUACCCCUUGCUACUCGAUACCCUAUUUUACUUACGUGACGAAAUGCCCGUCGAAACCAAAAUGGGUGUAUUUGAUCCGUUCCAACACUACCCAGACAUUCCGGCGUCCUCCUUGCCUUCAGAUAUUCCUCCCGAAUAUCGUAAAAAGAUACUUUCCAUCCUUCCAGAACUUCCUGGAGUCAAAUCUGUCCGGAACCUCAGCAACGCACACCGAGAUGCUAAUGGGAAUAUACACAUUGAUGCACCUGUCGUGAACCGGCCUUGGGAGUGGACAGAAAAUCUGGGAGAUUACGUUGGGGAUUAUAGCCAAGGCAGAGACGUGAGGAAUUCUGGUUCACUCAAUCUGCUAAACUUCGGUGCCCGCCUUACGGGUGAAGGAAGGAUUCCGGAGGCCUAUCAAAAGGAUGCGAGGAUAGAAGAAAACUUGCGUACAUUCGAGGAUGGAUUUUCCUCUGAGAGUAUUUUCCAGAGAGACUGGCGGGAGACGCGAGUGAGACCCAGCGUUGAAGAACUACUGGGAGCGGAAGGGUUGAGGACAAGAUUGGAUGAGAAUCUGCCUAUGAGUUUUGUUGCUCAUAGGAGGAAAGGCUCGCCAGCGAUGUCAAACUCAGGAGCUUCUCGUUCUUCUGGAAUGUCGAUGCGUCACAGCCCGGGGCACGGGGGGUUGAAUCGUCGGUCUAGCUCUACCAUCAGCGAUAUAAUCGAUGUGGAUGCCAUUCCCUCCACAUCUGGAGGUUCAUCUUCGCGUGGAAAGAGGAAAGCUGCUGUGGAAAGCGAUGAUGAAGUUGUUUUCGUGGAAGGUCCCAUUGCUGCGCCGACGAAAGGCGGGAAGAAGGCCAAGCCGACGAAGACACAAACGAAAAAAUCGACUAAACGACGAUGA